CACAACGGAACAGUGGCCGCUACAGCAGGUGGUCUGAUGCACAGGGUGAUUCGAGGUACCAUAGACAAAGCUCACCUCCUCAGAGACACUUUGGGAGAGAUAGGAGUAAUGGAGAAAGAUCUAAUCAGGGUGAAAAUACAGAAUAUAAACCCCAGGAAGAAAGUAGGCUUAGCCAACCUUGGAACAGUCGAAAUCAAGGUAAAAAUUCUCAAGAUUGUGACAGUAGUCUGUCAAGAGAAUCUUAUCACAAGAGAGACGAUUCCCCUGACAGGAGACGCAGCAGAUAUUCUCACCGGGAUCAUUCGCCACACAGAAGGAACAGGUCGUGGGAAAAAGGCAGCCAUUUCCACCGCAGAAAAUACUCACCUUCAAAACGAGGCUGGUCUCGUGAUGGAAGAGAUAGAAGCCGCUCGGACCAGAGGAGGUCACGGUCUCGUUCUAGAUCAAGAGAACGGAACAGCCGCCCAUCAUCUCUUGAGGAGAGGGAGAGAAAGUCUAGAUCUCAGUGGAGCUUCUCCUACUUUAAUGAUGGGAGUGGAGAUACCAGCAAUGUCAAAACCUCUGUAACGCAUAGUGGUCAUAGUUUACACAGUAUGAAGAAAAGUCCAGUGCCUGAUGACCACAAUGAUGGGGAGAAGAACUCUAGAUCAACAAAUGCAGGUGAUAACUUAGAAUUCAAAGAUAGUGAUGGUUGUGACAAAGCAUCUAGUUUAGAUACAAGAAAUAAGAGACUUGAAGAUUCUGAAGAUGAUGUGAUAGACAGUAUAGAUAUAGAUUUAGAACCAAAAUUAAAACAGUUCACUGAAUAUGAAAAGAAAGGCAGUAGAGAUUCGCAUCAUAAAGAAUUGAAAGAAAGUAGCUCUGAGAGAGAAAAUGAAAGUACUCAUAGAAAUGGCCAGAAAUAUCAUGAAAGUACAUAUUCUAAGAAAAAAGAAAGUAUUGAAAAAACAAAUUGUCAGGUACAUCAUGUUAGUGAACAGGGCACAUCAAAGCAUCUGCUGCAUGAAGAGAUCACCAACCAUCAACUGGAUGAGGUUAAAUACAAAGGAGAGAGCUGGAAAAAAGAUAUUUGGAAUAAUGUAAACAAAGAUGGUGAGGAAGAAGACAGAUCAGGGAAUCACAAGAAAAAGAAAAUCAGACUGUUUAGUUCUUUAUUUGGAGAGGAUGUAGAUGAUAAGCAGAAUCAUGACUUGGGUCACAAAAGCUUAGAGGAUACAAAAGAGAGAGGAAGUAGUGCAAGUAAAGAUAAGAAAAAGAAUUCCUCAAAACACAGACCAAAAGAAGAAACAGAAAAUACAGAUAACAACAUCUUAAACCGAGAUCUUUUUGGUUCUGAUACUGAUGAUGAGAAAGAAGUACAAAAAAGAGCUAGUCUUUCUCCAGAUCAAGUGCUGCAGUCAAAAUCAAAAAGUGAGAAUAUAAAGGACAAUAAAGUAAGUAAAGAGGAGUUUGGCCAAUCUGACACAGACAGACAAUCAAAUACCAAGAAUGGGUUGAAAGAUGAAGACAAUAGGAAGAGUGGGAAGCAGCUAAAGAGCAUCAGUUUGUUUUCAGAUGAUCUUGAUAGAAGUGACACCAAAGUUUCCAAGGAGCACAGCAAGCCGAGAAAGGAAGGGAUCCCUCAGUCAAAGGGAUUUAUAAUCAAGAAGAAGUCUGAUGUCAGCAAUGGCACGCAAAAUGACAAGGAGAAGGAGCUGAAGGAGAGAUUCAUAGCAGGCCUGACCAAAGGUCUCUUUGGCAAAACUGCUCCAGUUGAUAGAUUUGAGGACAUGGAAGAGGCAGACAACAGUUUUCAUCUCUCUCAUGAUGUGGUAAAGGAUAAAAAGAGCCUAGCUAGUCAUGAUGUUAAGAAAAGUAGUUGUAAAAUAGAGAAGGAUGUAGAAAAUACUAAAACAGAGGCUAAAAAGUUGGCAUCAAGCCAUAAAUCAAGUACAAAGGCAUUGACAUCCAGUGCAUCCAAAACGGAAGAGAAGCACAAGAAGGAAGACUCCUGGAAGAGUGAAAAGGUACCCCUCAAGAAGGACCCAAAAGUCAUGUCAAGUCUGUUUGGGAAUAUGAGUGACAUGGAAGAUUCCUCAGAUGUAGAUAUAACAAAAGUAUCUCGCCAAGAAGCCAUUGUAGACAGGAUUGUGAAAAACUUUGGGAAAGUUGCAAGUGAAACUCCAGAAUCUAAAAUUUCCAAACAAGGGGAAAGAGAGAAGGCCCACCAUAAACAUUCGAAGGAACAUUCAAAGCAUCAUACCAGUAAUGAAACUGUUAAAAAGGAACACAAGAAGGACAAAGAUAAUACGCAACCUUCAAAUGGAAAACAAGAGAUGACAAAGAAACCUGACGAGACUAAAAAAGAAGCUCAAGAAAAGGAAUGCUUGACAAAGGAGAAAAAGGUUGAAGGAAGUAAGAUGGUUCCAUCGUCUUCCAGCCAAGAGGCAUCAGUGUCAAGGAAGGAGAAUGAUUUGAAAAUAAAGCAACAAAAAGCAGCCUUGGAGGUGAAGGUUGUCAAAGAGGUGAAGAAGUUCCUGGACCCAUAUUACCGAGAUAAGUCCGUCACCAAGGUUGAAUACAAAGAGAUUGUAGCCAAGUGUGUGAAUAAGGUUGUUAGUGCAGAAUGUGGUGAUAUUAUUGAAGCAGUAAAAAUGCGUGGCUUAGUGGAAGGAUAUGUGAAAUUCUAUAAACAUCGCAGGUCAAAAAUGCAGCAGGCCUCAGAAUAACAAGCAUAUAGCAAAUGUUAAGAUUCAGUUCUGUGCAAUCUCUUUCCCAUUUCAGUCUCUUGCUAAGUUGUCAUUCUGCUGGUGAUGGCAAGGGGUGCAGUGGUGUUCAUACUGCAUGGACAACCAGUGAAUUGUGUCCCCUGGUCUUGUUAAUUAAGGAUUCUGUUGUAUUGUUCCUCCAUUUAUGUUUAUGAUAUGACUGCCAUGCAGCUGUGCUAUUGAAUUUAUUGGCAUUAGAAAUGAAGGCUGUAAUUUCAAAAGAUUGGGUUUAGAUGUUUUGAUAUAUAUUUUUAGUCAUAUAGUCAUGAUGUUAAGAUGUAAUAUUGUGCUGUGAAAAGUUAAUGAUUGUGUAUAUAUAUGUAUGCAUGCAUGUAUUAUGGACACUAUUUUUUCUGUUUUUACCUGAAACUAUCAUUUAUUUAAAUGCUGGAAAUGUCUCUCACUUUUUGUCUUACCUCUCAAAUGCUAACCUCUUUUAAAUUUCUCAGACAAUGGCAUUAUUUAUCUCUUUGGGUUUUGCAUCUUGUAAUUUCAGAGGUUGUAAGUUCCUUUUUGUUUUUCUUGUCUUUUUAUAUUCUCUUGUUUUAGCCACUCUUUCCUGUCAUGGAGUAUCAAGAAUUUUAGUUUGUUUUUUUAAAGAUAUGUAUUAUUUACUUCUUUAUCUUGUUUUCAUACUUUGAAUAUAAGAAAUAAAGGAAUGAGAAUGUGGAUUUGCAUGUCUAUUCACAUUCAACAUAAAAGAGGGGUAGAGGGGAUUAGUGGAUCUUUAUUCAAUAUUUCUUUUAUCAAUAUGGAUACUUUUUUUGAGGUAUGACAUGGUUGAUUGAUUAUAUAUUCUCUCUCUCUCUCUCUCUCUCUCUCUCUCUCUCUCUCUCUCUCUCUCUCUCUCUCUUCUCUCUCUCUCUCUCUC